AUGACGGCCGUUCCUGGAAAGCCGACUUUCCCUUCGCCGCCACCUCUGAGCAUCACGUGGCUGAGGAGCCUCAAGAGCCCACGCCGAGAGGCAGGACGCAGCCCGCUGGCGGAGCUCCCAGCACGAGCCCAGGGGCCGUUUCUCCUUGCUAAGAAUGCCAACCCUGGUGCCUGGAGGCAGCCUGGGCGGGAGGAGGGGCUGCCGGUCCGGGGCAGGAAGACGCGGAGCCGCCUGACCCUUCUGGAAGGCCGCCGGAGUCAGCUGAAAUCUGGGCAGGCCCAGGCUGCAGCCACUGCUCACCGCCCUUUCCUAAGGAACGAAGAACUCAAAGGGAGGGGGCCGUGGGGGGCGCGAUGGGAGGAGUGCCGGGAACCGCCCCCAGGACACGAGGAGGACGCUGGGAAGUCCUCCGGGGAGUCCGGGAAGACCGUGCGAACCGAUGCACAGCGAAGGGAGGAGAAGCAGGAAAAGAGCCUCGUGAGGAAGCCCAAGCCGGAGCCCCGAGAAGAGAGGGGCCGAGGAGCCUCGCAAGGCCCUGCUCUCGGCCUCUUGAACCCCGGCUCCGCUCUGACCCCUCCCAGCCCCGUCUCAGGGGACUCUGACUCGGGCUGCAUUCCGGGCCCGGAUCGGAUCCCUCCACAUUCUCCAGGCUGGCCUCCUCCCACCAAGGGGGGCGCACAGCCCCCACGUGGGGGCCUCCGGCCUUCAGGGCUCGAGGCGCUCCGGCCACGUCCCUCAGCACGCCGGGAGGGCCCUGGGGCCCUCCAAGGCAGCUGGCGCCCCGCGGGGCCCCUCUCCUCUGGGGGGGCUCGCUAG